GUCCAGCCGGUUUCGGAGCACAGGACAUUCGUUCCGAGGAGGCUGAGCUGCUGAAGACGGACGGCGCCAUGGCUUCCGAGUCCGAGCUGGCGUGUAUCUACAGCGCGCUGAUCCUGUUCGACGAUGAGGUGUCCAUCACCGAGGACAAGCUGAAUGCUUUGAUCAAAGCGGCAGGAGUUACAGUGGAACCGUUCUGGCCAAGUCUGUUUGCAAAGGCUCUGAGCAAUGUGAACAUCGCGAACCUGAUCUGUAACAUUGGGGCUGGAGGCCCUUUAGCCCUGGGUACAUCCACCUCGGGUGGGACAGCAGCAGCUGGGGGCGCUACAGCAGCUGCUGACGCUGAAGAGAAGAAGGCUGAGGUUAAGGAGGAAUCGGACGAAUCUGAUGAAGACAUGGGGUUUGGGCUGUUUGAUGAUUAGUCUGUGUAAUCCUUGCACGCGUUUUUCUUGAAGAGCUUCCUAUAACUAGCAAGAGAAACAACCAACCCCCAUGCCAGAAUAGAGCUUACAAAAUGGAUGGAAAAGGUGAAGGGAGGCACAUUUAGUAAUUUCCUGGAUAAAUUAGUGUCCAGUUGGAUUUAAUCUUCAAUUAACUAAAUAACUUUGUAUGAGGCAUUCCAAGUUCCAUUUGAGACCCAUCUGAAAUUAGUCUCGACCCUCUACUGGUACAUCUUAGCUUGCUCCCUGUAACAAUCACACCGUGUAUCUACACUGACCUAAGUCAGCCUUGGCUGUGAUUUGGGAGUUGGAACUUCCUGUUUCUGCUUGUGUCUCUUGCACUACUGACCUGCUGUCACAUGUAACCUCUGACAUCAACUUCCUCAAAACCAGUGAAUAUAACUUCCCUCGCCCCACCUCCGCAUUUUGAAAUAAUGCUGGAGAUUGGGACAUUGGGGUUUUAGAUUGAGAGAGGGGUAGAGGGGGGGAUGCAGAGACAGUAUAGUAUAAUACCAUCCCUCCACUGUCACCCCGCAAAAUGCACUAUUCCACAGUCAGAGCAUCUGGGGCAGUGUAAGCUGCACCAUUUUAUUAUAAAUUCCACUGCUUGAGCUUUUAUAUAAUUUUAUUGUUCUUAAGACCUUAAAUUAAUUUAUAAUAGUAAUAUAAGGUGGCUUCCAUUUGAAAAUGUUGCACUGAAAAUGCCUGCUUGAUGCACCAUCUUGAACUAUAUCCUUGCACCUAUCUAUAAGGAAGCAAGGGGCACUUUGCAUUCUUUUUCUGAUGUUGCACUUACGAACUUAAAAUCACUGUGGUUUACCUUUUUAUUCCUUAAAUGACAUCGUUGCCUGCAGAAGCAUCUCCUGGGAGGUUCUGCCAGCUUUUACAAAGCUCCGGUACAAACCAUCUCUCAGCACCUGUUCUAAACAUUGCUGCACUUUAUUCUCACACUCUCACCCAUUCCAGGGGUGGAACCCUUUCAAAUAUAAUUCCAAGAAAUAGUAAGUAUGUCUCCUUUUGAAAGGUAAAAAUUGUUCAGUUUUGGAAAUUAGGUGAAAGAUGUUGUUGUAAUAUUUUCUAUUGUGCUCAUGGUCUCCCGAAUGUAAGGAAUUGAAUCCAAGUGUUGUUGCUGAAAAUGUGUGCGAUCCUGUAUUACAAAUGUGUAUGGGAAUAAAAGAGCUACAAUAAUUUUAAAUGUAUCUUGCUUUUGGUCUUAGUAAAAAGAUAAUUCAAUGA